AUAGUGUAAUAUACAGUAAUCAAUCACUAGUUGCGAAACUAAUUUUAGGAAGUAAUAUAAUUAGUUUAAAAAUUAUUUUUAAUAACAAUGAAGUAUAAAUAAUUAUGUACAUGAAAUAUAUAUAAAUAAUUAUAUAAUGUAUAUUAAUAUUAAAACACAGAUAGAGAUCUUUGUGAUAUAUACAUAGAUACAUUAUACAAAACAGAAUAGUCUUAGAUACUGAUUUCUGUCGGAAUCUGGAGGCAUAGAUGAGAAUGAUUCAUUACAAAUGCAGACAAGGCUUUUAUCCAUCUAGCAACGUAAAACGUUUCGAAGUACCUGAAAAUAAAAUAGCAUGGGACAUUGAAUAUUCAGAAUAUAAACCAAUUGAAUAUACCGCUUCGAACAUUAAAGGAAAACCAUGGGCCGAUCCGGAUAUCGGUGAAAUUUCAUUUAAACCAAAUUGGAACGCCAUUGAUGGAAACGUGAAUCGUAGGAGUUUUACAAGUGACUAUGUUAUAAAUAAGAAUGGUUAUCCUUUGAACCCCAUUGGUCGUACUGGUAUCAUUGGACGUGGACUUUUAGGACGAUGGGGACCAAAUCAUGCAGCAGAUCCAAUUGUAACUCGUUGGAAACAAGAUAUUACAGGUGUUGCAGAAAUAAAUAAAGAUACAAGAAAGCCAAUUUUACAAUUUGUUGCUAUACAAAGGCAAGAUUCUGGAGAAUGGGCUAUUCCUGGUGGAAUGGUCGACCCAGAUGAAACAGUCUCAGCAACUUUAAAAAGAGAAUUCAUGGAAGAAGCUAUGAAUUCUAUGAAAAAGAAUAAAGCUGAAAAAGAAGAAUUGGAAAAAUCUAUGAAGGAAUUUUUUAAACAAGGAAAAGAAAUUUACAAAGGAUAUGUAGACGAUCCUCGAAAUACAGACAAUGCUUGGAUGGAAACUGUAGCUUUAAAUUUUCAUGAUGAGAAUAACAGUGUUGUUGGAAAUAUAAAGUUAGUAGCUGGUGAUGAUGCACGCAAUGUGAAAUGGAUGGAUAUUGAUAGAAAUCUAAAUUUAUAUGCUAAUCAUAGUGAGUUUAUUAAAAAAACAGUAGAAAAACAUGAUGCACAUUGGUGAGGUUAAAUCUAAAGGUCUAAAAUCUUAAUGAAUAAAACAUGUAUGAUUGUUUUUAUUUUUUUAUUGAACAUCAAAAAAUAAUUAAACACAUUUGUUUAAACACAUAUAGAAAAACAUGAAUUUGUACACGUCACUUUAUAGAAUAAGAAUGAAAUUAUAUAUUACAAAAUGAAAAUAAUGGUAAUUAUCACAAGUUUAUAUUUAUUAUGUCAAUUGUGUCUGUGUCCUUGAAUUAAUUGAUAAUGUAUUCUAAAUACAAUGCAUGUAUAAUGAUAUAAAAUGUAUAUAUUCAUCACAGAUAACAUAAUUUUUUAAAUUCUGAAUAAUGAAUUUGAAUUACUAUUUAAAAAUCUUCAUAUUAAUUUAAAAUUAAAAGAAGAUACUUGCUCAUAAAUAUAAUGUGAAUUGAUAUAAUACAAAGAAGUAAUACAAGAAAGCUUUUUUUUAAUUGUACACAUAAAAUAUGUAUUGUAUAAUUAAAAUAUUUUAUAUGUAUUAUGAUACUGUAAAAUCAUAAAUUUUAUUUUAUGAAUGUUUUAAAAUAAUUUUAAAGGAGAUAUUAUAUGAAA